CGGCGUGACGUCACGCCGGGCCCUGGCGUCAUUUGCAAGCGCCGGGAGCGGCCGGCACCUCGCGGCGGCGGCAUGAGCGCGGACGAUGAGCUGAGCCUGCUGGUCAUCGUCAUCGACACCAACCCCAUCUGGUGGGGGAAGAGGGCGCAGGGGGAAGCGGAGCAGUUCACCCUAUCAAAAUGUAUCGAUGCGGUGAUGGUACUGGGAAACUCACACUUGUUUAUGAAUCGUACCAACAAGCUUGCUGUAAUAGCAAGCCACACACAAGAAAGCCGUUUCUUGUACCCUGGGAAGCGCUGGGCUUUUGCCGAUCUCCUUGGAGAUGGCGGUAGUUCUGCGGAAUCUAAUUGUUCUGGCAGCAAAGAUGGAAAAUAUGAAUUGUUAACAGCAAUAAAUGAUGCAAUUGCAGAAGAGAUUAAAGAUCUCAUGACAAAAACUGACAUGAGGGGCCAGCAAACAGAAACUCUGUUAGCGGGAUCGCUUGCUAAAGCACUUUGUUUUAUUAACAAGAUGAGCAAAGAGGUAAAAGCCAAUCAGGAAAUGAAAUCAAGGAUUUUGGUCAUAAAAGCUGCAGAAGACAGUGCAUUGCAAUAUAUGAAUUUCAUGAAUGUGAUCUUUGCAGCACAGAAACAGAGCAUUUUGAUCGAUGCCUGUGUCUUGGACUCUGAUUCAGGUCUUCUACAACAGGCCUGUGACAUUACAGGUGGCAUAUACUUGAAAGUGCCCCAUAUGCCAUCCCUUCUGCAGUAUUUAUUGUGGGUAUUUCUCCCUGAUCAAGAGCAAAGAUCACAGCUUGUGCUUCCACCUCCUAUUCAUGUUGACUACAGAGCUGCGUGUUUCUGUCAUCGAAAUCUCAUUGAAAUUGGUUAUGUAUGCUCUGUGUGCUUGUCAAUAUUCUGCAACUUCAGUCCUAUUUGUAGUACGUGCGAGACUGCUUUCAAAAUAUCACUGCCACCUGUCAUGAAAGCUAAGAAGAAGAAAUUGAAGUUAGCUGCAUAACAACACUACGUAAAUACACCAUUAUCUCCUCCAGUAAUUCCAUGAAAUGGAAUGUACUAGAGAAAUUGACGGCACUUUUUAUAGGAUGUGAAAGAGAACUGUAUGCAGUCUUAUGACUUGUUUCUUACUGGAUAAAUAUUUAAAUGGUAUAUUUUCUACACAGUAACAAAUCAUUGUAUUACCAUGUAACCUGUGCUGUUUUAAGUACUAAUUCUUAAUUGUAAUAGUAACCAGAAGUUGCAGCUUGUUAAGAUGCAGAUCUUACAAAGUUAAAAGGUAUUCUUGCCAUUGCAAAGCUUCAUACCUCCAAGUUAUUUUCAAAGACAAAGCUCUGAUUGUUUUUAGUCCUAUGUUGGUGUAAAGGUAAGUUAUGACUACUCCUGAUGUGUAGGUUCUGAGUAUUAGCACUGUGUCAUCUGGGGACUUCAAAAUUCUGUUAGCCUUUGCUACCUAUUUUUUGAGUGAAACAGGGUCAGUUUCAGAAUAAAGAAACCAAUAUUUUCAAGAUGGUUUAGAAAUUCCCCCCUUCCAUUUAAAGAUGUUAAUUCCCCUGCAUGUGCACGCUCACAUUUUUCAUAUUCUUUCAUUCCCUUUGAUUGUGAUUUUCUCCCAGUUGGAUAUCUGCUCUUCUAGUCAAUAUCACUAGAAUAAUACUGCCUUGUAAUACAGAGGUAGCUUUCCCAAGGAAGUUUAUUAACAGAAGACUCUGCAUUCAUGAAUUACCUUUUUUUCUUUAUUUCAAAUGACUUCAAUAAAUGCAAAUUAGGUGGUUAGUCUUAACAUUGUAUUUUGAAACUGGAAAACACAAAUGUAAUUCUCUGUAGUAAGACAACAGACACAUCUUUGCUUGUUUGUUUUUAAAGUAUCAUGGUUUCUACCUUUUGGCAUUUGACAAGCAAAGAGGAAAGAUUUUGGAAUAGUGCUUUCUGUAUCAGAAGAUGAGGGUAUGCUGUGUAUUUCUGAAUGUUGUUUUGGUUAAAAAAAAAAUAAGAUUUCUUACUGUAAAAGGUAACUGCAUAGUUUGCUGUUUUAUCCUGCUGCUAGUAACUGAUGUUUUUAAAGGAAUACAGAAAGUUGUUAUUUCCUACUUAAAAGAACUUUCCUUUCUUAAGGUGCAUACAGGAAUUUGUGUAGUCUCAAUGCUUGCAUCAUCAGGUUUUUGUCAGCGUAACUUGUAAUCAGGGCCUAACUCUUACUGGCUUGUUUCAUCACCAAAAGCCAUUUUGUUUGAAGCCUGUAUUUAUAAUUUCCUUUGUAUAAACCAUUUGUAAUAAAACCUGCUCCUUUUCGCAUACA